CAUCAACUUCGCUCAUCAGCGCGAGAGUGCACAUCUCUGGUUUCCCCGACGUCGAGAGGCUUCCUCUUAAAUUUUGUUUACGUAAACUAUAAGGUCCAUCAACCCAUGGACAAUUUCCCGCCAACGGCUGAACAAAUUGAAGAAGGCCUGAAGGCCUUCAUUGACUCCAUCGACCCAAAUGAUGUCUGCAAGUUAGCUUCCCAGCACAAUUCGUCCAAGACCUGCCGGAUGUUUCGAGAUCCUGCGAAUGAGAGCUAUAACGUCUGUUACUUCGUCGAGUUUGAGGACGGUACCAAGUGGGUUGUGAGGAUUCCAUUGGAGCCUUACAUCUCCAAUGUCUGGGACAAAGUCCAGAGCGAAGUUGCUACGGUCCGCUACCUUCAAACCAAGACCACGAUACCCGUACCCCAUAUCCACGCCUUCGGCCGUGGUGGGACCGUCGACGAGAAGAACCCCACUGGACAUGCCUACAUUAUCCAGAGCUAUAUCCCCGGCCAGUCGCUAGACAUCUUAGCUUUUAGGUGCAUGGAUAUAACACGGAGGGAGUACUUCUACUCACAGCUUGUCGACAUCUUCGCUCAAUUACGUCAGCAAGAAUUCCCCUAUGCAGGCUCCUUGAUGCCAGACCCAGAUGGCGGGACGAUUCCUGUUGUCGGUCCGUUGCUCUCUAUACAACUAAACGAGUUGCAACUGCAAAACCGCGAAUUAUCCAUCCAGCCGGCCAGGUUCGCUUCCGCCACCGACUUUGCCUUCCAUCAAUACCACCUCCUAGAGGAGACUUAUAAGCUCCCCGCCUACAAGCUAUCUCGACAGGUUGCAGAGCUCGAGGUAUUUGGGCUCGAGGACCUGAAGACGAGAAUAUCUGGUUAUAUCGACGAUCGUCUCCCCUUCGUGCUGACCCAUACCGAUCUUCGUCCGUCCAAUAUCAUAGUUGACGAGAACCUACGGAUUCAAGGCAUAAUCGAUUGGGAAUGGGCAAGUACGGUGCCUCGACAGUUCUUUCUGCCGCCUACAUGGCUUGCAGGUCUUCCUCCGGACUGGGUGUCGGGAGUGGAAUACCGGAUCGAGUACCGCUGGUUUCGCGACGCCCUUAAAGCGGGUACAUCUGAGCCUUGCCGUCAGCUUGCUUCUGAAUGGGACCGGAAGCUCCCGACGCGGAUCGACUUGCCUUUAGCCGUCACGCUCAGACAUCAUAGUUGUUUCGUCAACACAUAUUAUCGGGGCGUCUUUCCCAAGUUUUACAAAGGCUCUUGGAAGUACGAAGUCAACAAGUUCUUCGAGUGCGAUGGCAAGGACGGGCAAUUCUCCCUUCGAGUUCAACAACGAUUAAGGGACUCGGAACGGUACACUCAUUAUUUGGAGGAGAACGGGCUUGUUCCGAGCCAGCGGUGUAGAGAAAGGCAAGAACCAACCGAGCCACCUAUUUCCGAUUCAGGACGUACUGUUGCUCUUCUACCCGCUGCUUGUCCUCCUGGAGCUGCUCAAGACUGUCCAGCGACACGUUAUGAAGAUCCCCUUCCAAUUUCUUAAGCUCUCUUUCCCACAACUCAAUCUCCUCUUCCGCCUCCUAUCUUAUUAUUGAUCUCACACACACAACGGUCAUUCUUUUCUAUCUUUGAAGACCCUCUUCUUUCCCACGUAGGUAGGCUCUUUUCCAUCUGCCCAGAGAGGCAUUGAUGUCGUUUUGACCGCACCCACCAUCUAUCGGACACUUAUAGCCGACACUCCUCUCCAUCUGACCAGACAAAGGUUUGGAUUAGGAGAUACAUAGCUGUGUUUUAGAGGGUUAGCCCUAGCUUAAUAGUAAGCUAUCCUCUAAGUACCUAUCCUAGUUUAUAAGUUAAGACAUUCUAAAGAAAGAAAUAAAGGACUAAAAGGGGUAGAGAAAGUAAUCUUUAAGC